AUCUAAUUAGAAUGCCAAUUAUUAUUUUGAUUGAUUUAUACUUUUCUAAUUUCACUCUUAAUUAUUGCUAAAAAAAAACCAAAUUAUUAGAUACAAGAGUGCCAUAAUCAGAAUACCAUAUAAGAGUGUAAGCUUACAAUUAUGAUAUGUUACCAACGAGGGAUUGGAUCAAGUGGCAAGCGGCUUGUUCCAGCUUAAGUAAGGUCUCGAGUUCGAAACCUUGUGUACGCAACAGCUUUCGUUGGGAGACCCACCCACCAUUCUGGUGCGCCACAGCUGGUCGAGUCCGGAAUAGUCGGGGCAAAGCCUCAGAUACCGGGCGGGAAACCAAAAAAACAAUUAUGAUAUGUUAAUUUUUUUAUGGGAAAUAGAGAAAUAUAUUAAGUAAUAAAAAUUACAGUAGAAU